AUGUUGGAAUACACUUUAGAAGUGACUACAGGAAGCAUGCUGCAUGCAGGCACAUUUGAUAAUUUGUAUGUUACCCUGAUCGGUUCUGAGAGGGAAUCUGAGCACACUGCGCUAACCGAUGUUGGACUGGAUGAAAGUGGAAAGGUGGGAACGUAUUCUGUCACGACGCUUUUUUCUUUGGGAUUUCUUCUUCUGCUCAAGUUGGAGAAAGAUCCUUUCCAUGAGUCUCCUCAAACGGACUGGUUCUGCUCCAAGGUAGUGGUGACGACACCUGAAGAGGACGAAAUUCUUUUCCCUUGUUACAAAUGGCUGUCCGGUGGUGAAUCUGUGUUGCUGAGAGGGGGCAGAGCUACCAAAGCUUUCGAAGAUUUCUAUCCUUCACUGGUAUAUCAACGACGAAAAGAACGGCUCCAACAAAAGUUAACGUACCAGUGGGAUAAAUACGCGGACGGAAUGGCAUACGUCUUAAAUAUCAACGACCCAACACUUAUGCCUGAGGAAAUCCGUUUCUCAUACUCAAAAGCCUUCCAGUUUCACUACAUAAAUGAAAAAGCAUUAGCUGAGCUCAAAAUGAAAGGCCUGACAAAUACUACAGAGAAAUGGGAAAGCUUUGAGGCUAUGAAGGACGUCUCCUGGUUCAAAAAGGCGCCCAUGUCAGAGUAUGUGUCAAAGCACUGGAAGGACGAUGACUUUUUUGGAUACCAGUUUCUUAAUGGAGUCAACCCCACCGUGAUCCAACGCUGCUCCAAGCUUCCCUCCAACUUCCCCGUCACAGAGCAGAUGGUGAGGCCUUUUCUCGCCCAUGGAAGCUCUUUAAGUGAAGAAAUAGAGAUGGGCAACAUAUUCAUUAUUGAUUACAAGAUCAUGGAAGGUCUGCCUACGAGAGUCAUCGAUGGUAAACCGGUGUCUGUGUCUGCUCCCCUCUGUCUGUUCUACCUAAAUCCAGAGAAGAAACUACGACCCAUCGCAAUCCAGCUCAGUCAGAAGCCCUCGGAGGACAACCCGAUUUUUCUGCCAAGCGAUUUGGAGUCGGACUGGUUGCUGGCUAAGAUAUUUGUGAGGAACGCAGACACCCUCUAUCACUCGUUGGUCGUUCAUUUACACAACACGCAUCUACUUUCAGAAGUUUACACAAUGGCAACACUUCGCAACCUCCCACAGAUUCACCCGCUGUACAAGCUGCUGAUCCCCCAUCAUCGAGACACCCUCCAUAUAAACAUCUUGAGUCGUGCUCAGCUUUACGGCCCUGGUAGAUUUCUUGACAAUUGUUCACUUGGAAAUGACGGAGUGAUAGAACUGAUGAGGAGGGCGCUCUUCCAGACAACAUAUGCUUCCUUCUGCGUACCUGAAAACAUUGCAGCAAGAGGCCUGGAGUCCAUCCCUGACUUUUAUUACAGAGAUGAUGCGCUCAGACUGUGGAACAUCAUCAGCAGUUUCGUCUCUGCAUUGGUGCCGUUUUAUUAUCCAUCUGACAGUGAAGUGACUGCAGAUUACGAGCUCCAGGAAUGGAUCAAUGAGAUCUUCUUCUAUGGAUUCCUGGGAAACAGUGACUCAGGAUUCCCUUCAAGCUUUCAAACUGUGGACGAACUGAUCAAGUUUGUCACUAUGGUGAUCUUCUCCUCAUCAUGUCAACAUGCUGCAGUGAACGGUGGACAGUUUGAUUUUCUAGGUUGGAUUCCUAACGGUCCAGCGCUCUUGCAUCAACCUCCUCCAACAACUAAGGGGCAAUCAAGCAUGGAGAGACUGUUGGCCACCCUGCCGAAUAAAUCGUUUGCAGCACGGAGCAUGACAAUUGUGUGGCGGCUCUCCCGGAAACAUGACGACUUUGUACCUCUGGGUUCUUAUCCUGAGCAACGUUUUGAUGAGCCUGCAGCGUUGCAGAUGAUCCAGGAUUUUCAAGCACAGCUGUCCUCCCUGAGUGCGGCGAUUGCCAAGAGGAACUCGGAGCUUGAGGUGCCUUACAAAUACUUAAACCCUAAAGGAGUAGAAAACAGUAUCACAAUUUGAGCGGGAUUAC